AAUUCCAAAAAAAGAAGAAGUAGUAUGACAGUUUUCAGUCUAAUUGUUUAUAUUUUCGUUUUUUGUCUCAAUAAGAAAUAUUUUAACAAAAAUAAUAGUUUAUUCAGACCUAAAGUGAGCAUAUAUAUUUUGUUUAUCAAAAAAUCUGAGUUUAUUAUUUUGUUUAAGAACUAAAUUCAUUACGUGUAAGUAAAUUAUUAACAAAACGUAACUGUAAUGUAAUGUCUUCACUAAAAUAUAGAAAAACUGGAACGAUCGCUCUAAUUUGUAAAAAUGGUUAAAAGUUGUAGUGCUUAUAAGUGUAAUAACGUGUGGAGCCCAAAUCAAGACAUCCAAUAUCACAGAUUUCCCUUGAAGAACCCCCCACUUCUAGAACAAUGGAUAAAAGCGGCUAGAUUAGAAAAUUUCACCCCGACACCUCAUACCCUUAUAUGUAGUCAGCACUUCAAUAAAGAAGAUUAUUCAGAAUCAACUGCUUUCAAAAAAAGAUUAAAAUCUAAUGUAGUACCUUCGGUAUUUAGUUUUCUGGAGUCUCGGCAAAAUAAAUCUAAUCAAAUAAAAUUGGGUAGAGCUCAGGAUCUUGAUGUGGAGACUAAAAUUAUGGGCUUAGUCGAGGACUCAUCCGGAUUAAUAACCAUGGAUCAUGCAUAUGCAGCACAAAAAAAUGUUGUAGUUAAAAUUGAAAACGAUGAUAGUGAAAUGUUUACCCCCAAUGAAACGAUAGACUCAAGUUAUAUAAAAUCAGAAGAUAUUUCGAUAAAAAGUGAGAUAAAUGAUGAAGAUACAGAUUUAAAUUCAUCACUAUGUCAAUAUGAAUUUGAUACAGUUGAUAUUAAAAAGGAAAAAUCACUAGAUAUAACUGAACAGAGUGAAGGAGAUAAGAUAAGUCAUGCAUUAAUAAAGGAUGAAUUUGAAAUAACUAAACAAAAAAUUACUAUAUUAACAGAAGAAAAUAAUUUACUAAAAGCUGAAAACGAAUUAUUAAAAUCAGAAUUGCACCAAUAUUCUGAAUUAAAAGCAGAAACGGUUGAGUUAAAAGAAACAAUUAAGUCGUAUCAAGCAGAAUUAUCGGCGUUUGAUGAUCUCAAACGUUACCAUCAGCAAAUCGAAAAUCAGAUAAUUCGAUUGAAAACCAAAAUGACAGAUUUUUCAGAAAACAUUAUACCUUCCAUGAAAAAAAAUCACUUCAAAGAAGUCCAACAGUUGAAAAAUGAAGUAGAAUCAAAAAAUAAGUCACUAUUGAGCCUCAACAAAGAAAUAAAUAGAUUAGUGAAGUGUAUAAAUAAUAUUAACAAAAAACUGACUUCCGUGAAUGAAACAAACAGGAAUAACUACUUGAAACAAUCUCAUAGAGCAGACGAAUACGAAGCGAAAUGGAGAAAAGCCGUUGAAAAUCAAAAGGACGUGGAAAGUGCUUUGAAAUUACGGGAAAAUGAGCUGUCGAAAACGAAGCAAGAAUUGAGUAACUUGGUUCGAACUUAUACGGCUUUAAUAGAUACUUACGGGAAUUGUUUGAAACACAACGAAGAAUUGCGAUUGGAUUUUGGUGAAUUGAAAAAAAAAUUUAAUGAUAAAGUUGAAGCAAACAGAAAUUUGCGCGAAGAAUUGAACCAAGCUCAUAAUAAAAUUAGUGAACUAUAUCCUUGUAAAUAUUGUGGAUUGUGAUACUACUCUAUUUCGUUUUGUUAAAAUAAAUGUAUACAAGGAGAAGAGAAUUA